UUAUUCGAAUGUCAAAGAUGGCGUUUCUCAUGUAACGGUGAAUUCUCAAGUACUGUGAGCAUGUUGAAUGUUUUUGAGGACAUAGCCGCAUAAUAACACAUUAGCUGGACUGUUAUUUUAGUGAAUGAGGCGGACACAGCUGAGCUUUAGAUGGCGCUGAGAGAAAUUAGUCGCAGUUUGCGGCUGUUGUUCGGUCAAACUCAACGAUGUCCUCCAGUUGUGGCUGUAAACACCACAGUUCGGUGUUUGAGUCAAUCAGCGUCUCAGCCGGAGCCCAGCGCGAACGAAAAUGAAGCCGUGAGUCCGACCUUUGAGAACAGAAACCCCCGGAACCUGGAGCAGAUGGCUCUGGCUGUGAAGGAUCGGGGCUGGAAGACGACUUGGCCCCACAGGGAGUUCCACCACAGGUUGAUGUUCUCUCGCAGCCAACGCCAUGUGAUAGCAGAGGUGUUCUCAAGCACUUCUUCUAUCCCAGUGCUUUCUUGUUCAACCAGAGAGUGGGCGUUGAAGAAGGAGCUGCAUUCCACAAACUGUGUGGCAGCGUGUCAGGUUGUGGGCGAGGUGCUGGCAGUUCGAUGUCGGCAGGCAGGCAUCACCAGGAUGGUGUACAGAGCGAUUCCCUGGACGUACCGCUCCGAUUCUGUUCAGGCUUUCAGGACUGCAUUGAAAGAAGGAGGAGUCACCCUGAGUGAACCCAGAAGGAAAUAUAUAGGAACAUGAAUUUAGGUGUCAUCUGCUGUUUUGUAUAAAUAUCCUGUGUCUCUUACUCCCGGCUCUAUUGUGAAUUAUUACUGUACUGACAUUAACAUGACCAGCAGUACAGUAAGUGACAAUAUUAAGAAUAAAAAGGGAGUGAUCAAAGUAAGAUGAAGUGUUUCUGAACACAACCUGCUCUCCUCGAGUGUAUUAUUGAGUCAAGAAAUAAAGCAGCUGGUUGGAGUAUCA